CGAAGAGCUGACGCGGAAACUAACGAGGCCAAAGCAGACUACAAUUCCCAGCAGGCGUAGCGGGAGCGGGGUCACGCACACGCAGACCAGACCCUAGGAAUGAGGUCGCGCUGGGGGGGCUUCUGGGAGAGGAAAAUGGCCGCACCCGGGCUGUGGCCAGGUAUGGGCAGGCUCCUUGAGAUGCCGGCGGCGCUGAGGCGCGUGAGCCGACCUUACAGCACGUUCCAGGCCUUCGCGGAGGUUCUGCGGCUGCCAAAGCAGCAGCUGACGAAGCUCGUGUUCCCGCUACAGGACCUCGAGCGGCAGCUCGUCCCGGAGUCGAAGUCCGAGCUUCACCUGAAGAUCUUCGACCCGAGCCUGGAGGAGAUCGCGAGGGCGGAGAGCAUCUUCACGGCCACCGCCCGGAACCGCAUCGAGUACCUCAGCUCCGCCGAGCGGCUGGACCACGCCCCGGACCUCCCCCGCCCGGAGGUGUGUUUUAUAGGCAGAAGCAAUGUUGGAAAAUCUUCUCUAAUAAAGGCUUUAUUUUCACUGGCCCCAGAGGUUGAAGUCAGAGUCUCCAAAAAACCGGGGCACACAAAGAAAAUGAAUUUUUUCAAAGUUGGAAAAUAUCUUACAUUGGUGGACAUGCCAGGUUAUGGCUAUAGAGCACCUGAAGAUUUUGUUGACAUGGUAGAGACCUAUCUAAAAGAACGAAGGAAUUUGAUGAGAACAUUUUUGUUAGUGGAUAGUGUUGUCGGAAUUCAAAAAACAGACAAUAUUGCCAUAGAAAUGUGUGAAGAAUUUGCGUUACCUUAUGUGAUGGUAUUAACAAAAAUUGACAAAUCUUCCAAGGGACAUCUUUUAAAACAAGUGCUUCAGAUCCAGAAAUUUGUUGACACUAACACACAAGGAUGUUUUCCUCAGUUGUUUCCUGUGAGUGCUGUGACGUAUUCUGGAAUCCAUCUGUUGAGAUGCUUUAUAGCAAAUAUAACAGGAAAUCUUAAGACUGAUGGCAUCCAGUUUAGCUGAAGAUUCAAAAUUCUUUGUGCCAGUUGGAGUUAAACACCUAAGUUUCAACAUUGUUUUAAAUGUUGUGUAUCUGUAACUUGCCGAAGGAUCACUUCAGCUUUAAAACUUGCAUCUUCCUGAAGCAAGAAUGAAUUUAUGCCUGGGGGACAAAAGGUUUAUAAAUGAUUGGAUUAUGCCAUUCAUUAGAACAUAUGCUAGCAGUU